AUGAAGUAUUUGACGAAGAAGGUGGGAGUAGAGGAGGAGAAGGAGUUGGCGAGAGAUAAGGUGGCUUCCUCAGCACUUGGAUGCCCCGAGGGCGCGGCUUGGGGACCAAGUCCCCAUCGUCCGUCUGUCUUCCACUUCCCCUCUCUUCAACCAGUAGAUGGUGACACAUUAUCCCCAUCGCCAUCCCAACCUGCAGUUACCAGAGUGUGUGAUCCCUUACCUGGGGGUCACCAUGUCCGUGGAGAUGGUGGGGGCGGGGGUGGGGGUGGGGGUGGAGGUGGUGGAGGUGGAGGAGGAGGUGGAGGUGGGGAAUUGAAGGAGUUGAGUCAUGCAGACUUGGUCAUUGGACUUGGCACUCCAGAGCAGGAACCAGACAAUACUACUGCUGAUCUCCUCCAGCAUCUUGAUGAACCUGGAUUCCUGGACAUAUUUGCUGAUUUCGAUGAAAAGGUCGAGGACUGUACGUUCCUAAGCCCCGGUCUGAAUUCUUGCUCUCGACUUGUGAAGAGGAAGAUCUCAGCCAAUGGAUCACCAACAGCCAUUAGACUCCUCCAUUCCUCAUCAAGUGUGUCCUCAGCCACAACCACAGCUACAACCACCACUUCUAUUUUUUCUGACUCCUCUAUCACCCCCCUUAAGGUGGAGUCGGUGGACGUGGACGGAGACCCGCUUCUGGAGUCGACGACGGACGGGUGCGACCAGGUGACCAGCAGCAGCCGGGAUCGGGUGGUAGGUCGGUCGUCGUCGUCCUCGCUGCCCCUGUUGAAGAGCUGCCUCAUGGACUCCGGUCGAGCCCUGUCGACCGAGAUCAACCCCAUGACGAUGAAGCAGGAACUGUCUUUCGACUCCUGCGUGAAGCAGGAACCUGAUGAGCAGCCGUCGCCCGACUCCAGCAGAGAUGAGGCGACGGUCGGCCAGAUGUGA